UCCGCGGAGGUGGUGGCGGCUCGUAACGGGGCGGGCGGCGCCAGGGCCGGGCGUUGUGUGGAGCGGCGGCGGUGCCUUGGCGCGGAGCUGCCCCUCGCCGGCCGUCCCGCCUGCCUGUCUGUGGGGCUGGAGCCUCGGCUCGGCUCGCCUGGGGCCGCGGAUGCUGCGCCUCCCGCUGCCGGCGGCGGAGCCCUCCUCAGGGAGGGAGCCGGCGGGGUCUGCGGGGGAGCAGCUCCCAGACCAAUGCUGCUGCCGGCUUGGGAAAUGCGUCUCUACGGGCUUCUCGCCGUGGGAUCUCACCUCUACGCUUUCUACGAAGCGCACCGAGUGUCUCGAAAGUAUGAAGCUGCGAUGGACAGAAGGUUUGGGCUGGAACCAGGGACUCUCUUUUGGGGCCUGAAAAAGGACCCCAUGGACUUUGAGUGGAGCUACUGGAUUGAAUGGGGAAGGGAACGUAUACUGUGGCUUCUGGCUGGUCAUCUGCUGGUAUCACAAGUGUCCAGGCUCUUGGUGGAGAAGUAUAAACCAUGGUGCUUGAUGGUUUAUGGAAUGGCUGCCUGCUGGUUGUUACUGGGAAUAAAGGGCUUUAUCGUCAUCUUGUUACAUGCAACUAUUUCAUUUGCUGUGGCUCAGUUUCAGCUGUCACUCUUGACAUGGCUGUGCUCCCUUAUCCUGCUAUCCACUUUACGCAUACCAGCUGUGGAAGAAGCCAAGAGAAAGUGGUAUGACACAGAAAAUGAGUAUUAUCUGCUGCUUUUCACUGUGUCUGUCCGCUGCCUCUUCUGCACUAGCUUCAGCCUGGAGUACUGCUGGCAUGGACCUGCCCAGAAGUCAUCCCACUCGUUCCUGUGGAUGCUGGCAUACGUGUUUUAUUAUCCCAUGUUCCACAAUGGACCCCUUAUGAAUUUUGAUGAAUUCAGUAAGCAGAUGAAGAGACAAGAAGCCUUCAGUUUGAAGACCAAUCUCAUCAUCUUAAUCGUGGGCAUAAUUCGUAUUUUAUUUUGGUGGUGCCUGGCUGAAUUGAUGAUUCAUCUCAUGUAUAUCCAUGCUCUCUACAGCAGUGCUCCACCUUUAGAAGCUGCAUCCUACUGGGCCUUGGGUGGCCUGGCUUUAGCUCAAGUACUAUUUUUUUAUGUGAAAUACCUCGUUCUGUAUGGUGUUCCUGCCCUCAUUCUUCAAAUGGAUGGACUCAAACCUCCAGCUCUGCCUUGCUGUGUGAGCCUGAUGCACAGUUUCACUAAAAUGUGGAGAAGUUUUGAUGUUGGACUACAUCGCUUUCUGGUCAGGUACAUUUAUGUUCCGAUGGGAGGAUCUCAGUCCAGUCUGCUGGGAACACUCUUUUCCACAGCGCUCACGUUUGCCUUUGUAAGCUAUUGGCAUGGAGGACAGAGUUACCUAUGGUACUGGGGUGCACUUAAUUGGCUUGGAGUAAUUGUGGAAAAUGGCGUCAAGAGGAUACUUUCUAUUUCAUUUAUUCAAGAUCUAAUUGAGCGUUUCUUCUCGCCAAGAAUUCGUCGUCGACUUCAUGCUGUCCUAGCAUCUGUUAGCACUUCAAUGUUGAUUUUAUCAAAUCUAAUAUUUCUUGGAGGAAAUCAUGUUGGAAAAAUCUACUGGAACAGGAUCUUUAUGGAAGGCUGGCCAUGGGCGACACUGACUGUUCUUGGUUUCCUGUACUGCUAUUCUCACGUUGGAAUUGAAUGGGAGCAAACGUACGCUGUGAAUUAGGAGUGACACAAACCAAUGAUUUUUUUAAGACAGGUUGAUGGCUUUUCUACACUGGAUGCCCUAUCUGCAGAAGGAUGUGCCAAACCAAGUCUUUGGUCGAUGUAUUAAAACAAAAAGCUCAUUUAGUUGAUUCUGGACUGUGAAUUCAGGAAUUGAAUCAGAAACACUGACAGGCUGCAGCUGGGGAUUGGGAGAAAUUAUGAAGCAUUUUCAAUUAUGUUAUUUUUUAUAAAAUGGCAUCUCUGUGACUCUGGGUAUAUUGGAAGCAUGCAUCUCAUAAUAGGUAUUUUAUAUACUUUGAAGAUUGGUUUUGUUUCUUCCAAUAUUUUGCUGCCUCUUUUGAGACAUUGAGCAAAAAUAAUUUUCCUACCUUGCAGAAUUCAAAAAGCCCAGUCUCUCACAGCCUCUGCCUAGGGGCACACAGGGCUGUGCCCUGCGCUUACACUAUUCCAUAAAGGGUGUGAUGCUCAUCAGUUCUUCUUGAUUGCUUUCUAAUAUAAGAACAUUUUUGCUAUUCUCACUACUGCAGUAGUUCAGCCUUAAGCUACUUUGCUACAGUAGGUAGAAAAGUCUGCUUUUUCUCUUUAAUGUCUUCAUUUAAAAUUUUGCCUUUAAAACACCACCCUUUUUUGUUAGUCUUGGGAAUGGUUUUAUUUGUUUGUUUAAAAGGGGGGAUUAGGGAGGCAGAUCAUUUCUUAAGGAACAGCUUUUCUUUUUGAUCAAAUACGAUCUUACAGCUCCUUGGGCUUUAAGCACUCUCUGCCUUGUGUUAAAGCAUAUAAUAUUACCUUCAUUAUGGGGUGAAUCCCGCCUUCAAGGGAACUGUUCAGUCUGCCUCUUGUAUUUUUAUGUUACGAAAGGAGAUAACCCAGGUCUGGCUGGAUGGCAGAUCUGUUCACUCCGCUUCAUCCUGCAGUGUCCAGGCAAUCAGCUCCUGCAAUAUUAAAGACACAGUGGCAUUUUAAGAACUUUAAAAAAAUCUGAAUGGUCCAAUAUAGUGGCACCAAAUCAGCCAGACCUGUUACAACAGCCUUUUGGCCAAAAGACUGGGCUGCCCAGAGCUGGGAAGGUCCUGCCUUGCCUGCCAGCAUCAGGGCUGCAUGAGUGCUUCAGCACGCAGUUUUCUGAGGGGAGACCCUGCUCCUGUCUGGCCAAGUGGUGUCUUCCAGGCUAUUAUUUUUUUAAACUGAUGUUGAAGAGCAGCCAGAAGUCUGUUAGUCUUUCUAAAGUUAGACAUUCCCCCUAGGCCUGGAAAAAGGCCACCAGUGCUGGAGAGGGCUUCUUCCAGAGCAGCUUCCUGCACCCAAAGCAGAAGGACUCAUGUCAAAACUUCUUCCUUGCCCCGCGGCAGCCAUUUCAGCCUGUUGGCACAGUUAGCAUCCUGCUGCCCAUCACUCCUGCAGCUCCAGCCAAGUCUGAUAAAGUUUAUCCCUUCAACAAGGAAUUCAGUCCCUUUAAGAGGCUUCAGGUUAGUGCAUGCAUUCCUGGUGUCGCUGCUGCUCAGAACUAUGGCCGCUGCCUUUUUCCCCUUCAUUUAUUCCUGAAGAAAUAAGAGCAGAGGUUUCAGCUUUCUACCCAUCCGGAGAUGAAGCCCAUCUCUUGCUGUUUCAGAGCAGAAGCUCCAGAUGUUUAAGUUUAGGGAAAGAUUCCCACCUCCCGCCAUGAGAAAGCCAUGAUUUCCCCUGGAAGUAAUUUCUAGGAGAUACCAUGGACUGUUAAAAAUCAGACUUACCUUGAAUGCUGCCUGGCCAGAGACGUGGCCCUCCUGAUUGUCUUACGAUGAUUACAGGGAUCCUCUCAGCCACAAAGAAGUUUAUUACUCUCAGCUUCCAAAUUACUAAAACGAUCUGAGAUUGGCCUCUAUUUUGGAGUAGACCUGAGCUAAGGGCAAGAACUUUCUUAAACUUAAUUCAAACUUUCUAAUGAAGUGGAAUUAGCAUUAAAGCAAAAAGUCGAGUCUAUUCUUAUCUUAUCAAUUACCAUUAUUACAUGAAACAAGAGGCUACUAAGUGAUUAGAUUCCAAUUUGUAUGCAUGCAAAAACUUCCUUCUCCAAUAUGGAAAUGACCUUGAGGUCAUCUAAAGUAUGCUUAUUUUGAACUAAAAUUAUUUUGGGUUUUUUUCAGUGCUUUAUACAACUUUCAUAAUUUUGUAUCCUUUUCUGUUUCUAUAAAUAAAGCUGAAAUUGAC